UAAUAGCCCAUGGAUAAAUACACUGCCUUUUUGGAACAUUUUAAAGAGGUGUUUGGCCAGCCUUCUACUACCCUUUUGGUAUUUAUAUGUAUUCAAAAGCUAAUCUAAUAAUAUUUUCUAAGUUUAAAUGUUAUUAGGAAUACAUUUUAAGACAUUUUGCCAUACCUAAUGUGGCCAAAUAGCAAUGGCACAAAAAGAUUGUUUUAAAUGAGUCUAUAGUAAAAUUGAAUGUGCCAGAUGGAAUAUGCAGGAAAUCACAUCUGAACAAUAGAAGUUUAUGUUUAAAAGUGAAAGUAAAAUCGUAUAAGUUGACUGCUUACAUAUUAGAAUCUUCAUUCUUGUACAGGACAGAAUACGUGAAAACUCUUCUAAAAUUGUAUUUUGAACAGUCUGCGUUAUUCAGAAGAAAUGGGCAACUCAAAAUCCAAAUUCGAAUUUGAUAAUCCAUGGAGAGAUAAUACUUUGGGGAAGGAAAAGAAAGAUGCCUUAAUGAAAGGAAUCAAAAAUAUUGAACCAUACAACAGAGAUUUGAAAUUCUUGAGGAUCUUGCUUGUAGGUCCCUGUGGUUCAGGAAAAUCAAGUUUCAUAAACUCAGUUAAUAAUGCCUUCAAAGGCCGCAUAACCAGCUGUGCACAGUCUGAUAGCAUUGGUGGUACAAGUUUCACAGUUCAUUACCAACCGUUUGAAAUCGAAUGUGGAAAUUCCACCUUGCAUGUUGUCUUCAAUGACGUUAUGGGCCUGGAAACAGGAUCUAUGAGAGGAUGCCCUGUGGAGGACAUCAUCAAAGCCAUCCAUGGCCACAUUCGAUCUGAUUAUGUGUUUAAUCCAGGAAAACCUGUAUCUUCGGGGGAUGAACAUUACAUUGAAAACCCAACCAUCUCUGAUCAGGCCUUCUGUCUAGUGUACGUUUUGGCAGCUGAUAGAAUCCAAUUUGAAAAUGACAGUGUUUUAGAAAAGAUGAGGGAUAUUCGAAUGCAAGUCAGAUCUUUAGGUUUGCCACAGAUCAUUAUCUUGUCAAAUGUGGAUGAAGCAUGUCCAUUGGUAAAAAGUGAUUUAAAGAAGGUCUAUACAAGCAAAAAAUCAAAGAAAGGAUGAUAUGGUGCAAAAAUAAACUGGGUAUUUCAAUGUGUCACAUCUUUCCAGUGAAGAACUACAAUGAGGAAAUUGAAACCAAUGAUGACAUGGAUGUUCUGAUUUUACAGGCAUCAACUCAAAUGAUACAGCUGGCUAAUGAUAACAUGAAGAAACGCUUGUCUCAACAGACAUAGUUUUCAAGCACAAAUCCUUGUUGUGCCUCAUUCUUGCUGAUUUAAACUAUUUGGAUGAUUUUUAUUAAAAACAACAGUCAAAUAUUUUUAAAUACUACAGUUUUAAAAUCAUUAAAAUAUAGCCAAGAGACUUAGGUUUUAUUAAAACUGUUAAAAUGAUUGUUGAAAAUUAUUUUUAAAGGCAAUGAUAUGAUUCAAUAAACAAUGUUAUGC